UUCACGUACCACGUGGACGUUAAAUAUCGGUAUUUGAACACCUAUAUCAGUUAGAUGACGGCGAUACGCCGUGUGUUAACAGGUCAUGGGGGCCUGUUUCGGCCGCUGCAUUUCCAAAGUUACAGACUCCUUGUCGUACAGGUUUUAUCAAAGACACACCAGUAUGUCCUACCAAGGAGACGAACAAGUUGAGUUUAUAGAUGACAAAGGAGAUGCAGACCAACCUAGAGGAUCAAAAACCCUGUUAUCAUUUCUCUCCUUAAACCGAUUCAAGAAAAAACAUGGGGUUCCUGUAACAUUAGAAUUAUUGGAAGAUGGUGCAUGGUCCAAGGGUACUAAUAAAUAUGCCAGAUUAAACUCAAGGAAUAAUGCUUCUACAAGUUCUGGUUUGGAUACACCACUUCAAAUUCUUGAUGCAAGAACAUUAAUGAAACAACAGGCAUGUGUUUCUUCUACUCCUGGCUCAUCAUUAGAUUUAGAGUGGGAACACGAAGGAAUGCCUCUACCAAUUAUGGACGAUGAAAAAGUUGAAAGUACUGACGGUUCUAUAACACAAACGUCGGUAAAUAAUAGCCAACCCUCUAGCUUGACAGCAUCUCCUUGGUCUAGGGUGUCAACACCAAAUAGUUUAGAAUGGGAUCCGGUGGAAGCGGAUAUGGUAUGUGUUGAUUUAGAGACUGAACAGCUUUUGACUGAGAUAGAAAGAUUAACGGAUAGAGCGUUAAAGGAAACGGGAGAAUGGACUAAUGCUAGUUGAUAAAUAAUGCAUUUACAAUUAAACAGGAUUGUUUGUAUUUUUGUAUUACAAGAAAGAGUACACAAUGGAAUUAAUGUAUAUGAAAUACUUUUAGAAAACAAAAAAAAAAAGAAAAAGAAGAUUCUACUGUUUCAAUAUUUGUAUUGUUGAAACGAUAUGAAGAUAUAUUUAUAUUGUUUCAAGGUAUAUAUACAUACAUGUAUAAGUUAAUAUAAUUCGCAUAGAAUUUUAAAGAAAGGUAUAUUACCUGGGGAUACUUUACAACAAUUUAUUACUAAAAAAAAAAAAAAAAAUGCCAAUGAUGAGAAUUUUUUAUAUUAUGCAUAUGUAUAUGAAUUUUACAUAUGCAAAAAAGAAAAAAAAGAAAAAAGAGAAACAUUUCAUUUGACUCCUGGACUUAAAACAUACAAAUAUUUAGUGUGUGUUGUUUAGUUUUUUAUUUCAUAUUGGUUUUACAUCCAGAUAUUUUUAUUCUAAUUUCACUCGACUUCCACAGGACAAUAACUUUCUUCCUAUUAAUAAUUUCCGUAUUACAUUUUUAACAAAAAAACUAAAUUUUUUAAUAUAAUUUUGAUAUUUUUAUGUUAUUUAUUUAUUUUUAAACCAAAGAUGUCUUUUUCUUUUUUAUGUCAGAUUGUUAUAAAGGAUAUUGAUCUCGGUUUUUUUUCAUACACAUACUAUCACAUAGUGUACACAUAUAUUACUGUAACCUUUUGAAGCAUAAACAAAUGACAUGGAAAAGAUUACUUUACUUGUUUCAAAUUUUUCAUAAAAGAUGAAUUUCUUAUUCAAAUAUCAUAACGAAAAUACGUAUAUAUGAAUGAGUAACUUUGCUUCAAAUGGUUAAACAGUACAUAUCAUCAUUGUAAUAAUAUAAAUUUUCUUACGUUUGUGAAGUUUACUAUUCGUUAUUUAACUUAGAUAGGGGAAAAAAAUUUAGAGGCGAAAAUUAAGGUUGAAAUGUAUCAGGUGCUAUCAAUGCAAUAUAUUUUUUGCCAGUGAAAUUAUAAACAGCUUUUUCUGGAGAGAUUUUCUUUCGAAGCUUAGUAUAUCUUAUAAUUAGCCAUAUUUUAUACGAGAAAGACUACUACAUAGUCUGAAUAAAAUCUAGUCACAAUGAAAUUCUGUGAAUCUCUGUAAAAUUCAAAAUGAGAAAGAAAGGGAGAGCAAGAAAGGAUAAGGUGGUACUGAUAUAUUAGUGUUGAUACAUAUUUGGGUGUACAAAAACAUGUUUCUACUGAAAUUAAAUUAUUACGAGAUAAUUAGGUUACAAUUUUAGAUAGAUUGUCGGUUAUCGAUAAAUAAAUAAGUUUCAAACUGAGGUAGGUUGCCUUACAAUAGAUAAAGAGAAUAUAAAAGUUUAUCAAUAAUGCUGUAAUUUUCGAUUGCGUAAUUUUUAAGAUCAUAAGUUUGCUGAUAAUUUGUAUUAUGAGCGAAUCAAAAUGUAUGCAGCAAUAGUACAGAUAGUAACGUUAAUGAUACUGAAAAUGAAAAUGUUAAAUGACAAAGAUGCGGUAUACUAAUAAUUCAGUGCCAUGGCUAUUUAUGCACUCUAUAGGUUCUAUCUCUCAUUAUAAUUUAUUUUGAACUCCAAAAAUUGAAAUUAAAUUUUUUGGAUACGUAUUAUACAUAUAUAUAAAGUAAAAGGAAGUAAAGUUUGUGAAGAUUUAAAUUAAAUUGCAUGAUAAACGCACAGAGAUAUUAGUUGAGCAUAAUGUAUGUGGCUUAGCAGUAAUACCUAUGUUAAUUGAUACAUAAUCUAUAUAAACUGAUACAUAUUGUUCAGUAUGGAGAAAAAUGGAAAGGUGCUUUAAACGAUAAAAAAGGAAGAUUAUAAAGCGCUUGCAUUCUGUUAAUAACAAAAUAAAUACAUUAUUUAAAUGAGAGUUAAGUAAAGUUGAUACUUCGAUGAUUCUAAUCUAAUCUAAUGAAUAAUGAAUGCAAAGAAUAUCAAACUUAAACUUGACUUGCUAUAAACCUGUUUUGUGCUAUAAAAUUUUCGUUGGGAAGUUUGUUUCUUAUUAUUUACCAAAUGUUUGUUUAGCGAAUGUGCAUGUCAAAAGCAUCUUAAGAAUUUUAAGUGCUUCAACAUAAUAGGGACCAAAAAUAUUUUCAGUAUUAAAUCUUUUCAUUGAAAGGCUAAUAUUGAAGGCUUGUAUUGAAAUGAUUAUUUUAUUAAAGUUAUGAUUGCAUAACAUCAAUUGACCGACUAUUUUAUAUUUAAUCCUAGGAUUAAUUGAUAUUUUUCGACUCCAGAUAUUGAAUAGCAUUAUAUAUAUGUUCCAUAUACGGAGGACUAAUUUAUAAUUGUAUCAGUUUUGAAGUUGCAAACAAAAUUUAUCACUGUUGGCUUUAAGAAUAUUUAUCUGCGCCUAGCAUUAGAUAUCGUUUAUAUUUCGUGCACAGCUGUUCACACUUCAUUGUGAGUUUGCGAUAUGUAAAAAUUAACACUGUGCAUCGUCUACUGCGUAUUAAAAUACGACUAUUAUAAUUAAAAAAAUACGUAACAAAACCGUUAUAGAACGGUAUUUUAUAUUAGUAUUUUUUUUUUAUUUAAAUGAAAUUUUGUGUAGCAUAGUAUGAAGUACAAUAAGUUGCAUAGACUUUUUUUGUCAUCAAUAACGAAUUAAAAAUUUCCAAAUCUAAUAUUAUAUAACGUCACAAGAUAUACUUUCUUUCGUGUUUCUAUUCCAUAUAUGAAUUCUUCAGCAUAUAAAAACUGGCCAACGAGUAUAAAGUUGAAUGUGAAAAUGAAUUAAAAGAAAAAUUAUUGUAUUAUGAUAGAUGUUAAAAUGAAUAUGUUUAUAUGCUUUAAUAAAUAGUUACUUUAUUAUAUUUUUAUGUACAUGCAACAAGAAAUGACAGAUGUACUUUGUACCUGAGUACCCUUCUUAAUUUCUCUUUAAUUAACUAUUACACAUAAAUAUAAUGAAACCAUGUUUAGUAUGGUCCCAUGAUAUUUUAUUUUUGUAUAAUUAUAAUUUAAAAAAUUUUAAAUUUAAACGAAUGCUUGAAACUUAAAACAAAGUCAUAAUGUACAGUGCUCCAAAGUACAUAUGGGUUUAAGUACAUAUGAGUAUAUAUUAUUCAUACAUUUAAAAUUAAUGUUUAAUCAUGCGUUAGCUUAAUAUGUGAUAAUAUACAUAUAUAUUAUUUCUGUAAUAUGGAGUACAUUUCUGGAUUGAGAAAGAUAGAAAGAAUAAUUGGUAUUAUAUUUGUACUGCAGUUAAGUAUUUUUUUAUAACUGGUGUAUUUGUUUUUGAUUUUUAUGUGCACAGUUUCGUGAAAUACAACGUAAUAGUUCAACUUA